AUGAAUUUCAUACAAGGGAGCGUUUGGAAAGAAAAACAGGAAAAACACGAUUCUCAAUGUGUAUUACCUAUAUUUUUAUUUUUUGAUGACUACGAAGUAGGUAACUCUCUUGGUAGUCAUUCUGGAGUGCACAAACUAGGUGCUGUGUGUAUUUCAAUACCUUGUUUACCACUUCAUAUACAGUCUACUCUAAAAACAAUUUUCUUAGCACUUUUAUUUCAUUCAACGGACAGACAAAAAUUUGGAGAACAAGGUAUAGAUAUUGAAAGUAAUGCUAAAUUAGUUAAUAUUAAGUUUGAAUUAGGUCUUAUCUUGGGAGAUAAUCUUGGUAUACACAGUAUUAUAGACUUCGUGGAAAGUUUUUCAGCUAACUAUCCAUGUCGAAUGUGCAAGGUUCAUAAAGAAAUAAUGAGAAAACAAAGUUAUGUAGAUGAAACACUGAUAAGGGUAGUAGAUGAUUACAAUUUCGAUUUGAUUGAAAAUAAUGUGAGUAGUAGUGAAGUUCUGAAUAAUCGAAUAAUAAGCUUUGAUUAUGGCCCAGACAAAGGAAGUAAACCCUGUGUAUUAAAUAUAGAUCAUAUUCGUAAGAAUACAAUCGGGCUUUCUGCUUCAGAAAUGAUGUUAGUUAGGUAUUUUGGUUCACUCAUAGGAGAUUUUGUUCCUCAGAAUGAACCAGUAUGGUAUCUCUAUAUAUCACUAAGAAAAAUUUUGGAUAUACUUACUUUCACAUCAUUCCAAAAAGAAUGUUCUAAAUUACUACAAAAGCUUGUUGCUGAACAUAACGAGUUAUACCUUAUAUUGAGUAAGAACAAUCUAAAACCUAAAUAUCAUUACUUGUUGCAUUACCCUACUAUGAUGUUGAAAUUUGGCACUUUGAUAAAUUUAUUAUGGUCAAUGCGCUUUGAGGCUAAACAUCGAAUAUCAAAAAUUGCGGCAAAUAUUUCAAGUAGAAAUAUAGAAUUCAGUCCUCCUCAAUCAGUGGUCGACAUUGACAGUAUUAUAAAAAAAAUAAAAGUGUUUACUAAAAUUGAAGUGUUUGAUUCAUUAUGGAAAUAUUCAUGGAUUAAUAUUAAAGGUACUUAA